AUGAGUUCCUUACGUCUUUGGCCUCGUUAUAGAGGUAUGCGUGCUGGUCGUCUUGUUCAAGAGCGUAGCAAACUUCGUCGUCUUAAAAUAAGCACGAUUCAGCAGCGAGGUGUCGGCAAUGGCUUGGGAAAACUAUCUUGGCGUGUUUCCCAGCAAGCCCACAAUCCGUCAAACUGCGUUCGUCUAACAUCAACUUCAAUCUCAACAAGGAAGGGCUCUCCAUCUGCCUACGUUCCAUCGCUAUAUUUAUCGAACGUGCUCCCAAGAUUGAUGAAAUCCGCUACGUUGCCCAACAUGCAAAUUUGGAUUGUGUCAUGGCUUCGUAGUUGUGUUCAAGAUAACAUUGUCGCGCUCAGUGGCUUCAAUCUAGUGCGAAAGGACAGAGUUGAUAUUACUCAGGGAGGGGUUUGCGUAUAUAUUAGAGACAAUAUUAACUUUACUAUCCUAGAAGAUUUAGAAGACCCAUCUUUUGAAGCGCUUUGGUUAAAAUUACGACCUGCUCGUCUCCCGAGGGGAUUCAGUUGUAUUGUAUUAAGAAUAAUCUAUCAUCCACCAAACAACAAUAACCCUGCAAUUUUAGAUUAUUUUUGGCAGAGUUUGUCUUCCAUUGAAUCGCGCUUUCCCAACAGUGGUCUGCUUAUUGUUGGAGAUUUCAAUCGGCUUAACACCAAGCGUCUUCAGAACAGUUUUGAUCUAAAACAGAUUGUCAAAUUCCCCACGCGAGGCGAUAAAAUACUGGACCUUGUCCUAACGAAUCUGAGAGAGUACUACAAGGUCCCCAUCCAACGUCCUCCCCACGGUCUAUCAGAUCACAUGUCCGUAGAGGUACAGCCAAAGGAUAGAUCCCAGCUUCCGGACUCGCGAUCAACGAUCAAAACAAGGGACUUAAAACCUAGCAAUCGCCUUGCUAUACGCAUCUACCUCCAAGAGGUCGAUGCGUACACCCUCGUCGGCAACGUACAUGGCUGUGCAGAGAAAGGGUCAAGUUUUCAGUCAAUAAUCCAACAUGGUCUGGACAGUGUACUGCCACUGCGAUCCAAAGCGAUCCACUCUAGAGAUCCGCCCUGGAUUAAUUCAGGUUUGAAAGAUCUUAUCAGACGGUGGCAAAGAGCACUCGCAGAAAAUAAUCAGCCGAUGUUUCGAUUUCUGCGGAACCGAGUGAACCGUGAGCGUAAGAUCUGCAGGUGGCGGUAUUACGACUCCAAAGUUAGCCAGCUUAAGGAGUGCAAACCAUCUGCUUGGUGGAGUGGAGUUAAGAAACUGAGCGGCAUGUCAUCGGCCGUUAGGGACUCGGAAGAGCUAAUGAGAUCAUUACAACACAUAAGUGAGGAGUCUCUUAGUGCUUUGGACCUGGCCAACCUGAUCAAUGAUACUUUCCUCUCCCCAAUGCAAGACUUUACACCGUUAUCUGCUGAAUCUUUCCAGCUGUCGCAAGACCACUCCACCGAGCAACCAUUUGUCGUUUCUCAGCAUGCUGUUUACCUUCAGCUUGUGUCGAUCAACCCUAGGAAAGCGUCUGGCCCCGACAGUAUUCCAGCAUGGUUGCUAAAGGAAAAUGCCGAUCUCCUUUCCGAUACAUCUGAUAUCAUUAACAGUUCUUUUGCUGAAAGACGUUUACCACCUUCUUGGAAAUCUGCUGAUACCGUGCCGAUCCCAAAGCAGAAACCAAUUAAAGACGUAAAUAAACACCUGCGUCCCAUCUCGUUAACGUCCAUUCUCUCUAAGGUGGCAGAGGAGUUUUUUGUUGCAGAAUACUUGCGACCAUCAAUUCUCAAGACAAUUGGAGACAACCAAUUUGGGGCUAUCCCAAAAUCUUCUACAACACAUGCAUUAAUAUGGUGCACUCCUGGGCCAAACACACAGACGAGAGUCAAGUUGGGAGAAGAUUGCCUGUCCGAAUGGAGGAAUGUACCGGCAGGGGUGCCUCAGGGAACCAAGCUCGGGCCGUGGCUGUUUAUUCUUAUAAUCGACGACAUCAACACCAGCAAUACGAAUCUGUGGAAAUACGUGGAUGACACAACUAUUGCAGAGUGUGUUCACAAGAAAGAAGGCAGUCGUAUUCAAUCUGAUGUGGAGGAACUGAUUGCUAAGUCUAAUCAAAAUAAGUUCCAGCUAAAUGAAUCGAAAUGUAAGGAACUGCGGAUUUCGUUCGCUAAAUCAGCCGCGGACUUUGCUCCAAUUGUUGUCAACGGGAAGGCAAUAGAGGUAGUGUCUACUGUUAAGUUGUUGGGGCUAAACAUUUCUUCCGACCUUCGGUGGAACUGUCAUGUUGCUGAAAUAAGUAAAAAAGUUGCAAGUCGAUUAUAUUUUCUUAAACAACUGAAGAGAGCGAAUAUUCCCACCAAAGAUCUGCUAAUCUUUUACAGGACUUGUAUCCGCCCAGUAAUGGAAUACGCAUGCCCGGUGUUUCACGAGGCGCUUCCUGCCAUGCGAAUUAUUUUUCCGUUUGUUCCAUAUAGCGACGCAUUAAAUCAAGCCAACUUGGAGACACUCUCCCAACGCAAGCAGUCUAUCACAACUAAGCUUUUUGAUUCUAUCACCUGUAACUCAGACCAUAAACUGUAUAAGCUCCUGCCUCCUCAGAACAACUGUGAACUCAAUUUGAGACGAAUGAGGAAAUUUAAUGUUCCUCUGGCUAAGACGAAGAGACUCAUGAAUACAUUCAUAUAUAGUGAUUGUAGUUAA